GGUGGCUCCUCUCUGAGGUGAUGAUCCCCAUGUAGGGCCUGGAGCCCUCAGGCUCCUUGUCCCAUGAGUCCCAAGGAACCAGGGACUGGUGACUCAUUUCAGGCUACAUAGGAAGUAGUUGAUUAAACCAGGAUUUGGACCUGAGUCAAACCAUGUACUGUGCCAGGCAUUCCUUCUUCGUGGCACUGGCUGUGGUCCUGAGGGCCAGCAAACCCUAAAGGGCUUCAAACCCUAAAGUACAUUUAUGGAGGAGCCCCAGUGUCACUGCCUGGAGUCCUUCCCUGUCCCACAGGGCCUGGGAGGGUGAGUUCCCCUUGCUGGAAAAGAGAACAAAUAUCAGUGUAUGCAGCAGGUAGGCUGAGACACGUGGUCAUGUGGAGUGAGCUGGUGGUGCAGGAAAGAGCAGAUCUCAAACCCCAGCUCAGGCUGGACCAGGCCUAAGAGUUUAAACAAGGCUUUUUGCUACUGCAAAGAACAAAUCUUCAUCUGCAUGUGGUAUUUUGGAUCCUGUAAGUUAGAAGGUUUUUGAAGCUGCUUUUGGUCUUUUAUUCAGCUCCCAAUAGCAGGCAAGAAACAUGACCCCAGUUCAGGCUGAGGUUAUUUGUAGGACCUUUUUUACAGCAUCUUGGUUUUUUUCUUUUUCCCCUUGCUGCAGCAUUCAGCCUGUCUAUGGAGCACAGCAUCCUCCACUGGAUUCCAGGCUCACCAAAAACUUCAUCAAGGACCGCUCCAAGGCCGCUGGGCUGCCCAUGAAGAGCAAGAAGGCCUCCAGCUUCCACGAGUUUGCCCGCAGCACCAGCGACGCCUGGGACAUCGGGGAUGAUGAAGACGAGGACUUCUCCUCCUCCUCCUCAUCCUCUUUGCAAACUCUGAACUCUAAAGUGGCCAAGGCCACGGCAGCACAGGUUCUGGAGAACCACAGCAAGCUGCGGGUGAAGCCCGAGCGGUGCCAGCCUGCCCUGGGUGACCUGCCCACCAACUGCAAGGUCAUCAAGUCCAGCAGCGAGGCCCAGCUCUCCAGGACCUCUGAGGAGGCCUGUGUGCGGAGCCCCCUGCAGAAGCAGCAGUCCCUCCCCCUCCGGCCUGUCAUUCCCCUCGUGGCUCGAAUUUCUGACCAAAACGCCUCUGGGGCUCCUCCCAUGACCGUGCGGGAGAAAACGCGCCUGGAGAAAUUCCGGCAGCUCCUGUCCAGCCACAACACCGACCUGGAUGAGCUGAGAAAGUGCAGCUGGCCUGGAGUGCCCAGAGAGGUGCGGCCUGUGACGUGGAGACUGCUGUCAGGCUAUCUCCCUGCCAACUCGGAGCGCCGGAAGCUGACCCUGCAGAGGAAAAGGGAGGAGUACUUUGGCUUCAUCCAGCAGUACUACGACUCCCGGAACGAGGAGCACCACCAGGACACCUACAGACAGAUCCACAUUGACAUUCCAAGGACCAACCCACUCAUUCCCCUCUUCCAGCAGCCACUUGUCCAGGAGAUUUUUGAGAGAAUCCUGUUUAUCUGGGCCAUUCGCCACCCAGCCAGCGGCUAUGUGCAGGGCAUCAAUGACCUGGUCACCCCGUUCUUUGUUGUGUUCCUCUCUGAGCACGUGGAGGAGGAUGUGGAAAACUUUGACGUGACAAACCUGUCCCAGGAUGUUUUACGGAGCAUUGAAGCUGACAGCUUCUGGUGCAUGAGCAAGCUGCUGGAUGGGAUCCAGGACAAUUACACCUUUGCACAGCCAGGGAUCCAGAAGAAAGUGAAAGCCCUGGAGGAGCUGGUGAGCAGGAUCGAUGAGCAGGUACAUAAUCACUUUAGGAAGUACGAGGUCGAGUACCUGCAGUUUGCCUUUCGCUGGAUGAACAAUCUGCUCAUGAGGGAGCUCCCCCUCCGCUGCACCAUCCGCCUCUGGGACACCUACCAGUCAGAGCCAGAAGGAUUCUCCCAUUUCCACCUGUACGUCUGUGCUGCCUUCUUGAUCAAGUGGCGGAAGGAGAUCCUGGAUGAGGAAGACUUCCAAGGUCUUUUGAUGUUGCUACAAAACCUGCCCACGAUACACUGGGGUAACGAAGAGAUUGGGCUGCUGCUGGCUGAAGCCUACAGACUCAAGUACAUGUUUGCAGAUGCCCCAAACCAUUACCGCCGAUAGGUGCCCAGACUGGCUCCUCCCUCCCGUGCCCACCCCUCGUCCUGGCCCGAUCUGAUCACUGUGGCAUUUUUGUCAUCCCAAGUCCUCAGACACUCCAGCCAGGAGCUGCUCCUUGCUGUACAAAGCUCACCUGAACUCUUGUCUUAACUCUGAACGUGUGCCUGUCUGCCACUCCAUGCGCCUGGAUGUGCCAUUUUGACGACUCUCAGUAUUUCACUCCGUGCUGGUGGCUCACGCCAGGAAGGGAGGCUUCAAGGGGCUGAGGGAGAACAUGGGGGAAGUUUUCCAGAUAAACUGAGCCGGGGUCGAAGCCCUCCUGUCCUCUCCACUCCUGUCCUGGCCUUGUCUGGCCGGGACCACUUCGGCUUUGCUGCCUCCUGCUGCCCUGCACCACGUGCGCUGCCCCAUCUGCUCCCUCCUCUCUUCUGACACUUUUGCGCCAACUCCCAGAUGAAAAUGCCUUAUCAGAGACCUGCCUGGCUGCAGAAUCCUUCCCCACCAGGGUGGCAGGGCAAGAAGUUUCUCUCAGGGCCUACCUUCGCUCCGAGGGUCCAGAGACCCCCCAAGCACUUUGUGGGUUCACAAGAGAGUCCCUCGUGCCUGCCCUCCCUCCUCCUCUCCAUCCUCUUCGCCUACCUCUCCCCCAGGGCAGCAGGGCAGGCACAACGGGGGCCACGACCACUCCAUCCACACACACACCUGGAAUGACACGUGCCAGCCUGGUGGAACUUUUGGUGACUGAUGUUGAGUGAGUACAGCCCCAUGCAGUGUGUGGGGAAGGCACAGAGGGGGUGCUGGUAUGGGAACAACAUCUCUCAAAAACCUCCUGACAACGUCCCCACUCCGAGGCGUUCUGUGUAUAUUGUGUUCUUGUGUAUAUGGGUCAAAGAUGUACAAUAUAUGUCUUCUCUUUGUA